AUGGACAGAAUAAUACAUUACUUCCCUGUCAAAGAGUCUCAAUCAGAAUCCAAUCUUGCAGCCUCAGACUGUAAGAUUGUUGAAGCAGGUGAUAGUGACAUGAACUCAUCUUCACAAAGGGAACUUAUAAGACUGAACCAAGAGAAUACCUGUGGACCAAUAACCAAUAGCAUUGUUCCAUAA